AUGAAGAAACCUCUGCCACGAGUCGUCCGCGUCUUAUCCACACCAAAGCCGCUCCUGUUCUUGUUGGCAUUGACAUCCUCGGUUGCGAAUGCGUUGACCGCCAACCCGCCGAUUAUCACGUGCGCUUCCUCUAGCGAACUGUCCAGAGCUGUGUCCUUCUUUUGUCAAUCAGGAGAUAAGGUCCUACAGAUUGGUGCUCAAUACGAUGCUGUCUCCAGAGAUAUUUGUCAAGCCAUUCUUCCCAAUGGCCAAGCUACCCUGGUGGACGUUGUGGAACCAGAUGCUACCGUCGCCAAGAGUGGUAGAUGCACCCAUCGCCUGAGUAGUGAGACGUUUGCAGCACGACAAGAACAACAACAACAACAAGAUGUCAACAUUGUCGAAUUGGAGCGACUGGAGGAUUGGAAACAGGUUGUGUUUCGCAACAAUCCUAUCUUUGAUAUCAUCAUACUUGAUUUGGGCCACUUGUUUGGCAAUGAUCUACAUCUAGCUACCCUUUCCAUGACUAUGGAUCUCUUGUCCCUGGUGGCACAGCUUGAAACGACAAAGAGUCAACCAGUAAUUCUAGUCAAAUCCAAAAGCCUGGCGUCGCUCGCACGAAGGCUUGUGCCGGCACAGCAUGUCAUGGAUGGACACUGGUCCUUGCAAGGAGCAGACAAAAACGGCAAGCUACAAAGAUCCCACGAGCCAUACGUGUUCUGUGCCGUGGGAGUGGAAGAAUACAGACGGCUCAUCCCAAUGACCGUCACAGGAGGUGAUGUUGUGAUUGAAGUGGGAUGUCAUUUUGGCCGAAGUACUUCUCUAUUGAACAACCAGGCAGCAACCAAAGACGGAACAGGAUACUGCAUUGGAGUCGAUAUCGGGCCAAAAAUCAUUCAGCAUGCCAAAGCACAGUAUCCUUCCAUUCAAUUUGCCGUGGCCGAUGGGAGACGAACCCUCGAGCUACUCAAGUUGAGAAAGGAUGGGGAACUUGGAUACGAUGUUGUAUAUGCCGAUAUAGGGGGUUUGAGCGGGGCACAUGGGACAUUGGAAGCAUUGACAAUGAUCGAAUCCAUGGGAUAUGCACUAGAGCCAAGAUGCAUUGUCAUCAAGAGUCUCUGUAUGAAGCGGCUUGCCUCCCGACUCAAAUCGUUUUCAGAUAUCUGGGCCAAGAAGAAGAAGCAGCAGAAGGAUCCCGGCCUGUAG